GCAUCUUCAAACUAUAACACCGCUAAUCAAUAGACUUGUUUACCUGAUUAUCUCGCAUUGUCGUGUUAUCAACGCAUUAAACAGCAAAAUGGAAUCCCUAGGUCUUCAGGAGUCUAACCUCACAAUUCCCACUACGCAUAAUCGAGUCGAGAAUUUCGAUCCGGAAGUCAUCCGAGCCGAUGCACAAGCAACUCGAAUUAUCGUCCACCAAGACUAUCCGGCUCUUGUUGAUAGGUUCCUAGCUCUCAAACGCGGGACGGCCGCGACUAGCAACGAACAAAAGCUGUUUGCUCAUCCAUUUACUUGGCAACAGCAAGUCAGAAGACUUAUUGAGAAGCGCCCCCUGUCUUUCCUCACUUCUCGUGAUACCACGCUCUUCCGCGAUGGUACUUUUCUACCAGAUGGAAGGGACUUCUGGGAUGCGAUAGGUAAGGAAGGCUCGGAUUAUUCGACAUUCCAAGAUUAUCUGUCUUACGAUGAGAUAAUGUUGGGAAGCUUAAUAGGGGUUAGCGGUCCAAGCUACUUCAUCAACGAUGGUGACCGAUACAAUAAGGGCCGACAAGGAGCCCCGGGAACGUUCGAACCCAGAGGCAUCAUCGUCGGUUUAGUUGGUCCACGCUUCGAGAGGGUAGACCAGAUGGACUCCAAUAUAAUUCUGAGUGGUGUGGCGCCUGGUCAAAUGCAUCCCUCCAUUGUGGGUGCGUUUACUGAGUGCUUCAAGUUAGAAAAGUCCCCGGAUAAGGGAUUCGAUCUUCCUAUGUACAGAGCACGCAUAAGAAUGACCCUUGAGACUCUACUUCUUGAAGCAAACAAACGUGCAAAUGAGGCAGGCCAGAAGGCGUUCGUACAUGUCGUCGGCCUUGGUUUAGGAGUCUGGAUGUGUGACACUCGUCAACCCGACUCCUAUGUUGUAGCCCUCGGCGAAACCUUGACGGCGCUGAAAGGGAAAUUGGGACAGAUAGGGACAAUCUAUGUGUCAUGGAUCAAAACAACGAAGCAAAAUCAGGACAUACUCACCAAUAUUGCCCUGGAACAAGGCAUCAAAAUCAUGUUUGGGAAACGUAGACCCGCCGAAAAGUUGACCGGCGACGAAGCUGACCAGCUGCUUGUGGUAUCUUACGCAUGGGACGGAAACUCAUUCCCAGGCAACGAAUACUGGCAUGGCAGUCUAGCUGCAAGCGGAGACCCAGCUGCGGCUUGCAUGAGCACCAUCCCCGAACUACACAAUCCGAUGGUCAACCCUGAGUUUCUGGAUCGAAUUCACGUCCACGCGGGUCAAUGAUUUUAGUAGAUAUAGAAGGAAUGGGUACCUAUACAGACCAGGAUCCAUGGACAGCUUGAUGUUCAUCUUGUCUACCCAUAAUGAUGAUAAUCCCGACCAAAAUAUACCCAGCUCGACGAAUACUUGGUAUCUAGUUAAAUCAUGCACAUGCUUCGUAAAACCCUGUGAUAUUUGCUAAACGCUUGGGAACUUAUGUCUCCCUUAUUAAUCUUAAGAUUCCCUUCCGAGGUUACGUGUGAUCUAAUAUCGCGAAUUGUAGCUUGAAAAGGACAUUCGUCGACAUGGAUUGUUAGAAGCAUGACAUAUCACAGAAAGAAUGGGGUCGAAUCAGAUCAGGAUAGAAACUCUUACUCGCCAAGUAGGCCGAAUAAAGUGUGUCGAUCGAAGUCGAGUGCAAGUGAUCGAAGAUACCAAGUAGAUAGCUAGCGCGGUAUAGUAACCUGACUGCGGUACCUCAUGGAAGGGGAUCUGCUAGUUUGCAUAUGGCUUGCCAACUUGCGUGAUAGCGGCUGGUGCAAGUUCC